AUGCAGUCACGGAGGAAGAGGUUGUUAGAUGUUGCUCAGGAGAGCAUGCUGUUACGGAGGAAGAGGUUGUUAGAUGUUGCUCAACACAGCAUGCAGUCAUGGAGGAAGAGGUUGUUAGAUGUUGCUCAAGACAGCAUGCAGUCAAGGAGGAAGAGGUUGUUAGAUGUUGCUCAAGACAGCAUGCAGUCAUGGAGGAAGAGGUUGUGCGAUGUUGCUCAGGAGAGCAUGCAGUCACGGAGGAAGAGGUUGUUAGAUGUUGCUCAAGACAGCAUGCAGUCACGGAGGAAGAGGUUGUUAGAUGUUGCUAAAGACAGCAUGCAGCCACAGAGGAAGAGGCUGUGCGGUGUUGCUCAGGACAGCAUGCUGUCAUGGAGGAAGAGGCUGUGCGAUGUUCCUCAGGACAACAUGCUGUCACGGAGGAAGAGGCUGUGCGAUGUUGCUCAGGACAACAUGCUGUCACGGAGGAAGAGGUUGUUAGAUGUUGCUCAAGACAGCAUGCAGUCACGGAGGAAGAGGCUGUGA